AUGCAGCCUUCUUUCAGAUUAGCCUCCCGUCUGGGACCAAGGUCCACACCCAGCCAGAGAUUGGGCCUUGUCCAGCGCCAAUUCGGCUCAUCGGCCAUGAGACAGAAGGAGAUUCAGGAUGCGUACAUUCUCAGUGCCUCACGAACGCCUACUGCCAAGUUCAAUGGUUCGUUUACCACUGUACCCGCCCCGAAACUCGGUGCCGUAGCAAUCAAGUCAGCUAUUGAAAAAUCAAAAGUGCCCAUGGAUAAAAUUACCGAUGUUUAUAUGGGAUGCGUCCUUCAAGGAUCUGUUGGUCAAUCACCAGCUAGACAAGCAUCCAUGUUUGCUGGUUUACCACCGUCUGUUGAAGCGCUCACAGUCAACAAGGUUUGCGCGUCGGGUAUGAAGGCUGUCGUUCUUGCAGCGCAAAAUAUCCAGCUAGGCCUUGCUGAGGCCCAGGUUGCUGGUGGAAUGGAGAACAUGUCCCGCGUCCCAUAUUACUAUCCUCGAGCCAGUCAGCAAAUGCCGUUUGGAAACACAACAAUGGAGGAUGGGUUAAUCAAGGACGGUUUAUGGGACGUUUACAAUCAAUUCCACAUGGGCGUUUGUGCCGAAAAUACAGCAAAGAACCAUAAUAUCACGAGAAAGGAGCAGGAUGAAUAUGCAAUCAGAUCAUAUCAGCGUGCUCAGGCCGCCUGGAAAGAAAACAAAUUUGUUGAUGAGAUUGCACCUGUCACUGUUAAAAGCAAGAAGGGCGAAGUUGUCAUUUCUCGGGAUGAAGGUUUUGAAGAUCUUCGGGCUGACAAAAUGGCUACACUCAAGCCUGCUUUUGUCCGCGACGGGACUGGCACCGUAACAGCGGGAAAUGCAUCGACAUUUAACGAUGGUGCUUCUGCCCUUGUGAUUACGAAUGCCGCUCUUGCUCGUGAAUAUGGAUCAACAAGCCGGGUUCUCGCGCGUAUUGUUUCUUCUGCUGAUGCAGCCAUCGACCCCAUUGAUUUUCCAGUUGCUCCAGCAAAAGCCGUGCCAAUUGCCCUUCAGCGAGCCGGCCUCACUCAAGAUCAAAUUUCUAUAUGGGAGUUUAAUGAAGCGUUUGCUGCUGUCAUAAAAGCCAAUGAAAAGAUUCUUGGUCUUGAGAAGGCCAAUGUGAACCCGCUAGGAGGCGCCAUUUCCCUUGGCCAUGCCUUGGGUAGUUCAGGUUCGCGAAUCCUAACCACUCUAUUGCACCAGCUCAAGCCAGGAGAAUAUGGCUGUGCUGCUAUUUGCAAUGGUGGUGGUGCCGCGACUGCUAUUGUGGUACAACGGGUUGAGCGCGUCGAGUAA